GGUCAGCGAGUUACGUCACCGGGUGGGCGCGCCUCAGGUGGCUAGGUCACGCAGGUAGGGGGCGUGGUUACACCGCUCACCUGGCGGGCAGGUAGAGGCGGUUUUGACCGGAACCGGAAACAGGCGAGAAACGAGAGACUCGGAAAAUACCGUAACCGACCCCGCUGUUGUUCCCCCUCCUCCCCUUCCCCAACACCGGCCGCGAGAAAAGGCAAUGUGAGAGGAGUGUAUGUGUGUGAAUUAGGCGAUGGGGAGGGGGGGUUGGUGUUAGGAAGGAGAGGUGAGAAGCUACUGAACAGGAAGAAGAAGUAGGAGCUAAAAAUGACUGAACAGGUUACGAUUUGGGGCCUUGGGUGUAAAAGUUUAUCUUUUUGUUGGUGUGUGUAUUGAGAGGGGGUAAGACAGUCCAUAAAGCUGGGAAAGCAGUCAGUACAGAACAGGCAAUAACUUUAUAGUGAAGGUAGGAAAUGUUAAAUAAAUGGCAUGUGGUUUGUAUGGAGUGAAAUCAACAUAGAGUUAAUGUUAUUAUUACAUUUUCUUCUUUAGGUUUUACAAGUAAAGAAAUGCCAGGACCCUAUCCUUUGCCCACCCCCCGGGGCCGGGAGGAUCCCACAGUACAUUUUUCACCUCCCCGUCGCAGUUUGCCGGGAAAAAAUGCCAAUGACUUACGGCAGCAGCGAAAAAGUACCAGUGAAGAUAUUAUAUUUGUAUCUGGCUCUGCUGAAACGUCCCCCGAAGAGUCUCAAUGCUGUCCCCAACUUUACAGUGCUUGGACUACAUACAAAAGUGUUUUGUGUUAUGUGUUGUCCUGCAGUCGCUGUUCACAGAAGGAUCCUGAGGAAUACACCCCCUGCACAGUGGAAAUUUCAGAGGGUGGCUCUCACAAUGGUCACCCCGCAGGUAGUCCACCUCAGCGGCGUGAUGGUGAAAGAAAUAAAAAGGUAGGUCUGGGUAACAGUUUCAGUUACCCAGACCUUAAACUCAAAGGGGUACCUGUGUUCAACAAGGCCUGCACUACUACUACAGACAUUGAGGCUUCUAAAGAUCCACCUGCCCCACCUCCAGCACCCCGCAACUCAGCAGGGGAAGACUAUUUGCCACGAGACUCUGAUCCUGAUCUCUCACGAUGGAGUGGCUCUAUGUCCAGUCAAGAGAUAGAUGUGCUAAUCUGGCAAAAGCUGACUGAGCUGUUUAGUUUCCAUCAAAUUGAUGAGCUGGCACGGUGCACUUCUGAAACAGUCUUUCUCGAGAAGAGUAGUCAAAUUACAGAGCUAAUAAGCAGCCUAACGCAGGACUACCAGUUGGAGGAACAGGAUGCUGAAUGCCGACUUGUUCGAGGUAUUAUCCGUAUAAGCACCCGCAAGACUCGGACACGUAAAAGUAAUUCUCGUGGAGGGCAGCAACAAAACAGUCGGAGUGGCGGCAAGGCACCAGACAGUGGAAAUGAAUCCAUGCAGGAGUCUGGACUUACCAGCCAAGAUGGUGCGAAACUGUGGGAAUGGGGUUUAGUGGGAAAUGUGCUAUACGGCAUGAUAUUUUAAAGAGUUUGUUAGGCUGUAUUAGUAUGUAUAAUAUAUUGAGUGACAUUGGAAAAUAAUCUUGGGUACAUCGAUGUGUUUAAGGUUUUUAUCAUACAUUGAGCACACAAUUAAAAAAAAAGAAAAGGUACUGGUUAAAACAAGUUUCGAGAAGUUAUAGAUAUUUCUAGGAAUUGUGUGAAUUAAAGUAGAUGUCAGGAUUGAACUAUUUCUGGGAGGCUGAAUAUAUCAUGAUACACAAAUGACGAUGUGCCUAUUUUGCAAUGCUGAAAAUAAUUUUGGCAUUGUAUGAAUAAGCAGUAAUGAUAUUCCACAAUCCAGCAAUAUUGACGACUUUUUUGUUGUUGUUGUGGUUUUAAGCUACCUAUACUGAUUAUUGUAGACAUAUCUUAUAUUUACAUGUUUUGAUCUACAUAUAUGUUUGCACAAUAAGCAGGCUCAAAUUCUCUCUAGGUAAUUCUGCAAACCAGACAUUGUGUAUUACAAGGGAAUCAUAGAUUUUAAAUCAUAAUAGCCAAACUGGAAAAUUUGUUCAAUUCUAUUUUUCCAGCUUUAUAAUUUUAGACUGAAAAUGUAUUCUGAAAAUCAGUUCUCUGCAAGGUCUAGUAAAAAUAUUUUAAAUGUGUAAAAGUAGAAUAUGUGUGUGUUGUAUAAGGCUGGAAAGUCCAUGGUAUACUCUUCAUGUUUGUUAUGUUUUAUGGAGUUCCAAUGUUUUAACCACGUGGCAGACAUCCAGGUCUUUAGAGUCUCAGCUUUAAGAGUCAAUAAAUUCUUCUUAGAGGUAAACAAUGUAUGGAGCAUUGUGGAGAAAAAAAAAUGCAUCUAAGAAACAGCCUGUUAAAACUGUGUCAACUUGAUGUAAAACACACUCACUCUCUCUCCACCAAUGUGUUUCAGGUGCGUUGAACAAAUCAGAUUUCUUUACAAGUAUGCCAGGAUGAAUAUUUCUGUCCAGGAUUUACCUGUGGUGUAUUACUAAUUGAAUUUGAUUAAUUUGAUCCACCUGAAUCCUAUUUGUGUACAAGUCAGAUAUAUCCAGUAGUAAUCAUGCUUUAUCAAUCGAUAGAAAUUAAAUUAAUAAAAUAUAUACCAGAUCGUGUAGCAUGUUUAUCUUAAUUUAGUUUCAAUGCUUUGUUUAAUCAACUUGUUUGUCUUCAUGCAAGUCAUAAUUUCCCCUUUCUUCUAUAUCUUUUCUCAUUCUCACUCUUUUUGCUUUUCUCCUUAAGAUUUGGAUGUGAAGAUCUCAGAAGAAACAAGCUACGACGUUCUAGCACGGAACAUGAGAAAAUACAGUUCUCCAGGUCUGUUUUCCUACACCCUGAAUACUUUACACAUAGAUGAGGACUCUUUUACAAACCACGUCUGUUCACGCAGAACUAUUAGCAAGGCACAUAAUAAUUGCACCAAAAAGAGCCCUAAAGGCAUACUAUAGUCACCAAAACAACUUCAGCUUAAUGAAGCAGUUUUGGUGCAUAAUUCUCUGCCAUUACGGAGUUAAAUUUGUUUCUAUUUAUGCACCUCCCCUGGUUGUGACUGACACAGCCUGCAUGAAAAAAAUGGUUUAGGUUUCAAUCAGAUGUUAACUUGCUUUACAAGUCUUUGUCUCUUGCACUGUAAACUGACCUUCAAUCACAGACAGACUCUGGCAGGGUCUGAAGGCUAAUAAGUGACCAGGAGAUAUAAAUUAAACACUGUGUAAUUAAGGUAGUGUAAGUAUUGGAUCUCACUUUACAGGUAGUGUUUAGAAAGGUUGUGCAGGUCACAUGCAGGGAGGUUUGUAUAGGGCUGCAUAAACAGUGACUUAAAGGACCACUCUAGGCACCCAGACCACUUCAGCUUAAUGAAGUGGUCUGGGUGCCUGGUCCAGCUAGGGUUAACCCAUUUUUUUUUUUUUUUUAUAAACAUAGCAGUUUCAGAGAAACUGCUUUGUUUAUAAAUGGGUUAAUCCAGCCUCUAAAGCCUCUAGUGGCUGUCUCAUUGACAGCCGCUAGAGGCGUUUGCGUGCUUCUCACUGUGAAAAUCACAGUGAGAAGACGCCAGCGUCCAUAGGAAAGCAAUAUGAAUGCUUUCCUAUGAGACUGGCUGCGUGCGCAGCUCCUGCUGCGCAUUCAGCCGAGGAGGAGGAGGAGGAGAGCUCCCCGCCUGGUGCUAGAGAAAGGUGAUUGUUUAACCCCUUCCUCUCCCCAGAGCCCGGCAGGAGGGGGACCUUGAGGGUGGGCUCACCCUCAGGGCACUAUAGUGCCAGGAAAACGAGUAUGUUUGUUUUCCUGGCACUUUAGUGGUUCUUUAAUUCCUAAAUGACAGACUUGAGCAGUGAGACUGUAUGAGCAUGAUCUAUACACCAAAACUCCUUUAUUACGCUAAAGUUGUUUUGGUGACUAAUGUCCCUUUAAUAAGACAAGUUGAUCUUUUCUUUUUUAUUUCUAAUUGAACAUAGAGUAUAUUCAGGUUGCUUUCCAAAUAUUCCCUUUGUGUUUUUAGGGAACUGGGACAAAUCAAGUGGAUAUUAAAACUGCUGUUAAAUAGUUUAUCUGAUUUUAAUAUACUAAAAUGUGUAGUUACUGCUAAAUACAAUUAAAAGACCACUCAAGACACCCCGACUACUUUAUGUUAAUGCAGUAGUUCUGUAGUUUAACCUUGCAGUGUAAAACAUUGCAAUUUUAUAGAUUAAACUGCUUUCCUGACAGCCACUAGAGACGCUUUCCAAAUUUUUUUUACUGAUCACGUACCUCUAGUUUAAGUAUUAAAUAUGCAAAGGGUCAUAGAAACAUAGAAUGUGACGGCAGAUAAGAACUAUUUGGCCCAUCUAGUCUGCCCAAUAUUUCAAAAUACUUUUAAUUAGUCCCUGGCCUUAUCUUAAUUCUAGGAUAGUCUUAUUUCUAUCCCACGCACGCUUAAACUCACUCACUGUGUUUAACCUCUACCACUUCAGCUGGAAGGCUAUUCCAUGCAUCCAAUACCCUCUCAGUGAAGUAAUACUGUAAGUAAUAAGUAAGACUAUGUCCUCUUGCUGUGGUAGUGUUUCUUCUUUUAAAUAUAGUCUCCUCCUUUACUGUGUUGAUUCCCUUUAUGUAUUUAAAGGACCACUAUAGGCACCCAGACCACUUCAGCUUAAUGAAGUGGUCUGGGUGCCAGGUCCAGCUAGGUUUAACCCUUUUUUCUAUAAACAUAGCAGUUUCAGAGAAACUGUUUACAUUAGGGUUAAUCCAGCCUCUAGUGGCUGUCUCAUUGACAGCCGCUAGAGGCGCUUCCGAGCUUCUCACUGUGAUUUUCACAGUGAGAAGACGCCAGCGUCCAUAGGAAAGCAUUGUGAAUGCUUUCCUAUGAGACUGGCUGAAUGCGCGCGCGGCUCUUGCCGCGCAUGCGCAUUCAGCCGGAGAGGAGGAGAGCUCCCCGCCCGGCACUGGAGAAAGAGGUAAGUUUUUUAACCCCUUCCUCAUCCUAGAGCCCGGCGGGAGGGGGACCCUGAGGAUGGGGGCACCCUCAAGGCACUAUAGUGCCAGGAAAAUGAGUGUUUUCCUGGCACUAUAGUGGUCCUUUAAAUGUUUCUAUCUUUCCUCCAAGCCAAACAUGUUAAGAUCAUUCAACCUUUCCUGGUAAGUUUUAUCCUGCCAUCCAUGAGCCAGUCUAAUAGCCCUUCUCUGAACUAUUUCUAGAGUAUCAAUAUCCUUCUGAAUAUACGGUCUCCAGUACUGCGUACAAUACUCCAAGUGAGGUCUCACCAGUGUUCUGUACAAUGGCAUGAGCACUUCCCUCUUUCUACUGCUAAUAUCUCUCCCUAUACAAACAAGCAUCCACAGCUGCUCUGUUACAUUGUCUUCCUACCUUUAAAGGACCACUAUAGGCACCCAGACCACUUCAGCUUAAUGAAGUGGUCUGGGUGCCAGGUCCAGCUAGGGUUAACCCCCUUUUUUUUUUUUUUAUAAACAUAGCAGUUAUGUUUGUUAGGUUUAAUCCAGCCUCCAGUGGCUGUCUCUUGUCGCAUGCGCAUUCAGCUGAAGAGGAGGAGAGCUCCCCGCCCGGCGCUGGAAAAAGAGGUAAGUUUAACCCCCUUCCUCUCCAUCCAGCCCGGCGGGUGGGGGCACCCUCAGGGCACUAUAGUGGUCCACUAAGUCUGAAAUAAUUACUCCUAAAUCCCUUUUGUCAGAUGUUGAGGUUAUACUCUGCCCUUGGGUUUUUACAUCCAAGGUGCAUAUUUAAAGGGGUACUAUAGGCAUCAAAACAACUUCAGCUUAAUGAAGCAGUUUGGUGUAUAGAUCAUUUCCCUGCUCUGCUACUUAGGAGUUAAAUCACUUUUGUCUGUUUGUGCAGCCUUAGCCAUACCUCCCCUGGACAUGACUCUCACAGCCUGCAUGGGAGGGGGGAAAAAAGUUUCUAUUUCAGUCAGAUGUUAACCUACUUUAGGAGGUAUUUUUUCACCUAUUGGGGUAGGCUUCACAGACUGGAUCAUGCAGAUAGUUUUUUUUUUUUUACCUCCUGCUCUGUAAAUUGAACUUUAUUCACACACAGAUGGCUCCUGUAAUGUCUAGAAAGCUAUUAACAGAGCAGGAGAUAAGAAAUUCUAAAUUAAACAAAAUGUGCAAUAAAUGUUUAAACAUUAGAGCUUUCUUUACAGGAAGGUAUUUAGUAAGGCCGUGUAAGUCACAUGCAGGGAGGUGUGACUAAGGCUGCAUAUACAAAGUGAUCUAACUCCUAACUGGCAGAGAAUUUAGCAGUGACACUGAAGGGGCACGAUUUAUACACCAAAACCUCUUCAUUAAGCUAAAGUCGUUUUGGUACCUAGUGUCCCUUUAAGUUUUCUUAUGCGGCAUAUUGUUUUGGUGGUUAGUUACUUUUUGUUUUUAAAUAUUAAGUGGCACUGUCACCAUCUGGGGACUUUGCAGAAUUUUCAAAGACCCUUGACUGUGACAUCGCCAAUGGCAGGGCAGGUAAAUGUGAGUUUUAUUAACCUGUACCUGUCCCUCGCGGCCAUCUUCCUCCAUUUGGUCCUCUACAGCUACUUGUGCUUCAACUGCCAGAAGCAGACGUCACUGCUGUACUCUUGCCAAUGCGCAAGAGUACAGCACUGAGGUCUAUGAAGCAUCUCUCAUGAUCCUCAGUAGACAGAGCCAAUUCCCUGCAGCCGUGGUUGAUUGACACUGCUAGAUGGUGAGAGCUCCGCGCAGUGUCUAGAGGUGUCAGGCUUUGAAAACAUACAGAGACAAAGUAAAAUCCCUUCUUUGGUUUGGUAUAUCUCUUGACAGUUCUGCUUUUAAUAGCGUAUAACAAAUCGUUUUGUGUUUUGUUUUUUUUUUUGUUUACUUGCAAGUUCUCCAGAGCAGUUCACCGUGAAGAUUGAGCUUGCGAGAAUUACUUGAACAGGGUUUUUAUUUUUUGUUCAACAACUCUGUUAAAAACCUGCUAUUGUCUCUCAUUUUUACUAUUUUCUUCCUCCCCAUAAGAACGUGUCAGUCCCCAGUGAAAGGAUUGUCCAAAAUAACUGUGUGCAAAACACAGAAAGAGGUGAUUUUAAUGUGUUUGAGCACUACUAGUCACAUGGUGUUUAGUGGACACAAAAUAUAAUCUAUUCACAGUUAAGUGUGUGUGUGUGUAUAUAUAUAUAUAUAUAUGUGUGUGUGUGUAUAUAUAUAUAUAUAUAUACACACACACAAACUUUUUUUUCACCUAUUGGGGUAGGCUUCACAGACUGGAUCAUGCAGAUAGUGUAAAGGAAGUACUGAAAUAUAUAUAUUUUUUUUGUUUUUAUUCAGCAUGAUUUAAAUACAUCUCAUCCUAAAUUAACUUUACUUAAUAGUCUCUUGCAUACCCAGUAAAAGAAUAACUGAAGCUACUUUUAAAUGAAGUUGUGUGUUUUUUUGGGGGUUUUUUUUAUUUUUUUUUUUUUACAGGAACACUGUAGUGACUAGAACAAUUUCAUUGCUUUGAAUUGGUUAUAGUUCUUAUACUGUCCCUCAAUUGAAUGUGAAUCCGUUUAAGAGCAGUUUAACCCUGAAUAACAAUCCCUGGCUACCCAGAGUCCGUAUCCUUCUGGAAGUGUGCCUACGGCAGAGAUUGCACACUUCCUUGUCAUACACUUCAUACUGUCAGUUAAAGCUCUGAUAGACUAAAAACAGUCAGCUGACACUCCCAGCCAAUCACAGCUGCUUAUUGUUGCUCAGGCCAAUACUUCAUCUGCAACACAGAUGAAAUGAGCUGCUGGGCGCUUUUGUUUAGCAUUAAAAGCUUUAAAAACUGUUUAAUGAUGAAUGAAAUGACUCCAGACACUAUAACCAGUUAAAUAAGCAGAUACAGUGCCCCUUUAAUCUGGAAGCAGCAUGUUGUGUUACUCUUAUCUAUUGUGCAGCUGCAGAUUCAUACAGAGGAAUUACAGCAGCAGGCAUGUCUGACAUUUAUUCCAUCAAAUUCCAGCUUACUCAUUGAACUAUACAAGUGUUUGAUCUGAAAUGCAUUGGUAGGCUGAUCUUCCUUGCAAAGUACAAUCUCCUUUACUUACAUGAGCUGUGCACAGCAGUGCUCCUGCAAAUUAAAGGAAACUGAUUUUAAUAGCUUUAUCAGUAAGCUAGACUUCUCCAUAUGUCCCUGGGAAAAAAAUUGUACUGCUGAAUAAAAAGUAACAAAUUUCUUAUGGACAGGUUCCUAGCACCAUAACUACAAUAAAAUACUGUAAUUUUAGUUCUUGGAGUGUCCAUCAAACAUCUAACUUAUAAGGUUUGGCUAACUGUGUGCAUUUUUAGUUCAGUUAUUUGAUGUGUGCAGAAACUCUGGCACUCAAGUGUUCAUCAUUAGUGUGUGUUUCAUGUAAACCUUUUAUAUUGAUCAACGGGUGCUCUACAAGAUUACCAGCCAUUAAAUAUUUACUGCAGGCAAUUGUUUAAUGGCUUAAAGGAUAUUCAAUUCCUUUAUCAAUUUUUAAUUUUUUUUAACAUUUUACUUCUUAAUGCCGUUGUUCCAAAUGGUCUUUUACAAGCAAAAUACAUGUAUUAAAAUUUUUCCUCAUUUUAACCACCCUGAAAAUCUAAUUUAAAAUAACAGGUAGACAUGGGUAAGAGUAAAACACGAAUCUCGAAUAUGCAAUCCGAUAUUUAACAUGCUGAAUACAAAAUUUUGUUCGAAAUUCCUGGUUUAGAUAGAGGGGAGGUAGUUUUGAGAGUUUUACUUUUCUAACGCACAGGAUACAUGAGUUUGAACAUUAUAUAUUUAUUGAUCUCUUAUUUGUACAGGUUCUUCUUUCCUGAAGGAUGAUUCAUUGCAGGACACCGAGACAGAUUCCUCAGGGACACCAUUGCUGAAAGUUUCCUGUUGAUCAUUUGCAAAGGAGGAAAAAAUAAA